CUCGAUGCUCGAUGACAACCUUUUACUAGCGAGCACCACACUCUUCUCGACGUCUCUUCAACUCUUCUAAAAGGCCGUCAAAGCAAGUCUUGCGGCACACACACACAAAGACAGCACACACGCACACAUACGCACUCUUUGCAUUCUCGAACCCACAGUUAAUCUUGAUCCAAAAUGCCCAUGCUCGAGGAGCCCGCCACAAGGUACAAGGCGUUCCAGCCUACGCCGUUCCCCCAGCGCACAUGGCCCGACAAGCAGAGCAAGAAGGCGCCCAUCUGGCUCUCGACUGAUCUGCGCGAUGGCAACCAGUCGCUCGCGAACCCAAUGACAAACCUCCAGAAGAUGAGGUUCUUCCGCCACCUCGUCCAGAUUGGCUUCAAGGAGAUCGAGGUCGCGUACCCCGCCGCGUCCGAGACCGACUUUGCCUUUGUCCGCGAGCUCGUCAACACCAACGAGGUGCCCGAUGACGUCUGGAUUCAGGUUCUUACCCCCGCCCGUACCGACCUCAUCGAGCGUACCUUUGAGGCUGUGGCCGGCCUCAAGCAUGUCAUCAUCCACAUGUACAACGCCACCUCGUGCCUGUUCCGCGAAGUCGUCUUCAACAACAACCGCGAGGAGACAAUCAAGCUCGCUACCGACCACACGGCCCUCAUCCGUCGCCUUGCUGAAAAGUACUCCAAGUCUCACGGCACGUCGUUCCGCUACGAGUACUCGCCGGAGACCUUCUCGCAGACCGAGACCCCCUACGCCGUCGAGGUGUGUGAGGCUGUCAAGAAGACGUGGCUUGCCGGUACCGAGUCAGUCUGGGCCGACGGCCGCAACGAGGAGCGCAUCAUCUUCAACCUCCCCGCCACAGUCGAAGUCGCGACGCCAAACUGCUUCGCCGACCAGGUUGAGCAGUUCAUCAACGGCCUCACCCAGCGCGAGAAAUGCAUCAUCUCGCUCCACACCCACAAUGACCGUGGCUGUGCCGUCGCUGCCGCCGAGCUCGGUGUGCUUGCUGGUGCCGACCGUGUCGAGGGCACAGUCCUCGGCAACGGUGAGCGUACCGGCAACGUCGACCUCGUCACCCUCGGCCUCAACUACUACUCGCAGGGCUACCCUCCCAACCUCGACUUUUCCGACAUGUACGCCAUCAUCGACACAGUCACCGAGUGCACUGGCCUCCCAGUCCACCCAAGACAUCCUUAUGCCGGCGACCUCGUGUUCACCGCCUUCUCGGGCUCGCACCAGGACGCCAUCAAGAAGGGUCUCGAGGCCCAGAAGAAGCGCGAGGAGGCCGGCGACAACUUCUGGUCCGUGCCCUACCUUCCCAUCGACCCCGCCGACGUCGGCUGCACGUACGAGGCCGUCAUCCGUGUCAACUCGCAGUCGGGCAAGGGCGGUGUCGCCUACAUUGUCAAGACCGCCCUCGCGCUCGACCUGCCUCGCCGCAUGCAGAUCUCCUUCUACCAGGUCGUCCAGGAGAAGUCCGAGGUCACGGGCAAGGAGAUGACCGUCCAGGACAUCACCGGCGCCUUCCGCGAAGCCUACAACUUUGGCACUGGCUACAACGGCCGCAUCAUCCUCAAGUCGUUCUCGAUGGAGAACCAGCGUGCGUCGCGCUCGUCGUCGGUCCUCGGCACACCCGAGCAGUCGCCCGCCCGCGAGUCGCGCUCGCUCUCGCGCAUGACCCAGCUCUCGCUCGGCGACGCCCGUGCCGAGGCUUCCCCUGACCGCAACGGCAGCCAGGUCAACGGCAACGAUGACCUGCCCUCUGUCCCCCGCAAGAUCACUGCUACUGUUAUUGUCGACGACAAGCAGUACAAGAUCUCGGGUGAGGGUAACGGCCCCCUGUCGUCGUUCCUCGAGGCGCUCCACGGCGACCUCGGCAUCCAGCUCUCGGUCCGCGAGUACUCUGAGCACUCGGUCGGUGUCGGCUCGGAUGUCAAGGCCGCGACCUACAUUGAGGUCAUCCCGCCCAACGUUGACCCCAAGGACAAGACCAAGGGCGGCUUCUGGGGUGUUGGCGUCGACGCCGACAUUACCGCGUCUGGUCUCAAGGCCGUCGUCUCGGCUGCCAACCGCUGGCUGGGUGACCAGAAGCUCAACAUUGAUGAAUUGGUCGCGUGGCCGCUACAGCGCAUCCUCGCCAUGGUCUGGCGAACAACAAUCGUGACGUGCACCACGUGCUUCUUGCUGGGCACAACCUUCACCCACUGGAUCGCAGACCACAACGUGCUCUGGCGCUCGCCCGUCACCCCCGCGGCGCUGGAACAGUCGAUCCGGUACUACGCGCUCCUGGGGCACGGGCCAGACGGCCUCGGAUGGGUGUACAUUGCCGUCGGCGUCGCCGCGCUGGUCGCUGCGGCCGGCAAGCUUGUGUCGGGGUGGCGCGGUAAGGGCGGCGAGGUGCUCUUUGACGGCGCGAGCUUGCUCCUCGUCGCGAGCAUCACGUACAACCAGGUGACCGAGCUUUACCCCACGCUCGUCUCCUUCCCCAACCCCCUGCCAGAAAAGUUGACAGAGCACGACACGUUCCCCGUGCUCGCGGCGGCGGUGCGCGACCUCGCCAACGACAACAUCAUCACGUCGGUGAUGCUGACGGGCGUGAUGCUGCUCCAGGCAGGACGCUACUACUCGUCGCGCGGGAGCGGCGCGUCCUUCCCCCGCUCGACUGAGACGUCGGUGCAGUCCUCGCCGUCGUCCUCGCCCGCGACAUCGCCCAUCGCCGAGCCCGUCGCGCUCGCCGACCGCCUCGCCACGCCGUUCCGCGAGCUGACCGAGGCCGAGGCGCUCGAGCUCGAGGGCAGCGGCUCCGAGGUCGACGCCAAGCCCGCCUCGAGCUCGAGGCGGCCGACGCGCUCCACUCGCUCGUCGACACGCAAAAAGUAG